UUUUUUAAAUUCAUAUUUUUUUAAAGACAGCCUAUUUAUUUAUGAAAUCUAAAAACAAUAAAAUACAUGUGAAAGGUAUUUCCUACAUAAUGAGUUUAUCACCAAUAGUAGUGAAAUCUGUGUGCAGUAUAAUGCAGAAGUUAGAAUUGAUAUUUAAACAUUUGAAAAUUAGAGUAAUAUUAAUGAUUGUGUUUUAUGUUGGAUACAGUAGAGAAUUAAAAAUAAUAAUUCUUCCUUCAGACAAUCAACAUGAUACUGACAUCGAAAAAUAAUGGAGAGCCAAGUGCAGUGAAGGUCAGUCAGCGGGAUGAAAAAAACAGCUCAUCAGAAGACUGUUGCUUUCAGCAUGAAGCACCUGGUCCCUCAGACGAUGAUUUACGAAACACAGUUGAAGUACCUACCACAUCAAAAAGACACUGGUGUUCAAGUACAACCGACUAUGACUAUGACAAGUCAGUCACAACAAACAGUUCAACUGUGCUUACAUAAAGAGGUGCAGACAGACCCAGACCCCAUCUCUGAUCCAGAAAGGUGUGAUCCUGAUAUCGAUACGGAUAAGGAGUCAGAAAAUGAAAAUGACACCUCAGAGUGGAAUGAACCAGCAGUCAAGGAACACUGGAAUACUCUCACAAAUCAACUGGACAUAAAUCCCUUCCUCGAAAGGAAAUUUAUUGUCUACGAAAAGAAGUUGGAGGAGCUGCUGAGUGUCUGCAGGCAGUGCAGUAACCCCUCAACUAUCACACAAGUAAAGAAGAGUGUGGCACAGGAGUCAAAAUUAUAACCACAUGCCAAAACAGCUCCUGUGGCCAUCAUUAUUCCUGGACAUCACAGCCAUACUCUUUCAAGCUUCCCCUGGGCAACCUCGUCUUGGCAGCAGCAGCCUUUUUCACAGCCUGCUCACCAACACGGCUGAUUACUGCCUUU